AGUAUUGAGAAGGUUUGGGCGUGUGCUGUAGCUCUCAGCGCCCUCUUCUUCUUCCUCCCCCUACACACACACACCGCUCUUGUAUGUGUGUAGUCGACGCUCACCGGCAGUUCAAUGUUUAUGUUGAUGUCCUCUGCUUGAGUGAAGCAGUGCUGUCUGUCUAAUGAGGAAAACAGCGGCGAGAGGAGCAGCGGGAAGGAUGUCGACAUAUUAUUGACUGAUUUAUCGGCGUCGAGGAGAACGAGCAGAGCCCUGUGUUUUCUUGUGACAGAGCAGCGGUGAGAAUGACGGAGUAUAAGUUGGUGGUUGUAGGUGCAGGUGGUGUGGGCAAGAGUGCUCUGACCAUUCAGCUCAUUCAGAACCACUUCGUUGAUGAAUACGACCCAACCAUUGAGGACUCCUAUAGGAAACAGGUGGUGAUCGAUGGAGAGACGUGUUUGUUGGAUAUCCUGGAUACUGCAGGGCAAGAAGAGUACAGUGCAAUGAGAGACCAGUACAUGAGGACUGGAGAGGGCUUUCUCUGUGUUUUUGCCAUCAAUAAUACCAAAUCUUUUGAGGACAUCCAUCAAUACAGGGAACAAAUUAAGAGGGUUAAAGACUCAGACGAUGUGCCUAUGGUGCUUGUGGGUAAUAAAUGUGAUCUACCAGCGCGCACUGUGGAUACAAGACAAGCCCAGGAACUGGCCCGUAGCUAUGGGAUACCUUACAUUGAGACCUCAGCCAAGACACGACAGGGAGUGGAAGAUGCCUUUUACACACUUGUUCGUGAAAUCAGGCAGCAUAAGUUGAGGAAACUAAACCCACCUGAUGACAAUGGCCAAGACUGUAUGAACUGCCGCUGUGUCGUGUCAUGAUCUGUGAAUGCGCAUGACGUGGCUUUGAGAGCGCUGCAGCCCUACAGACCACAAACACUGCAACACCUACACACAGACGCUGGACGUUAACAGCAGACUGUGUAAAAGGGAAAUCUUUAUGCUGUGGCAGCCCUGCAGUCUUUCUAUGGGAUCUCCCCAUCUCUUCUCCUUACGCCGGAGAUGAUAGAAGUUGUACCUCAUUUUAACGGUCUCAACACUGGAGUUGCUUCGACUGGAUGAAAGCUGUCACACUUAAAUAUAUCUACAUUAAACAAACUAUCUACUCGUAACUGGAAGUAAUAGCUCAGAACAUAACCUCUCAUAUUGCUUUUGUCAGAUGUGGAUGUUAGAAAAUGCAAGAUGGAGAGGAGAACUACUGCGUAACUUAGAUUAGCAUACGGCUGGAUGUGAGAAAGAUUUGUAUUGUCAUUUGCUUAGAGGAAGUCUAACCUAAUAAAAUGUACAUAAUGAACGGCGGUCUUCUGCGAACAGGAUUUUUAGUGUGUUUAUCAGAGGUUAUGGCGCAAUAGGAUAAAUGGUGCAUCUCUGAUAAAUCGAUUUUGCACAUUGUGUAGGGCGAUAUUUUAAAAUGGAGGACACACAUUGUUAGCCUUUGGUUUUAGACGGAUCUCUGGGUCUUGGAUAUCAAGAUCUGAUGGGUUUCAUUUAUGUUAGACAAAUGUAUCACAAGUAACUUGCUAAAGAAGGCCUAUUGUUGAGCGUUUUUUCGAAAAAAUAAUCAUAAUAUGAGCAUUAGCAUACUUAAAAAAAAGCCUUUUUGAUA